CUUUCUUUCUUUCUUUUUUAAAGUUUGUUUUGUUUUACUUGGGGUUUUCUUUUUUAGGCCCAGUCUGUCCCUGACCUGUACUUUGUAGCUAAGUAUCCUACUGCCUUUACCACCAAAAGCUAACACUAUGUAUGGCUUGCACCACCUUUCCUGCCCUGCUGAGGAACUUUGAAAUGUAGCAUUUUAAUCUUUAGUAGAUGCCGUGGUUUGAAUAAGAAUGACCUCCCCCCCCCUCAUAGAUUUGAAUACUUUGUCCUUUGGAAGUAAUGCUAAUUGAUAAGGAUUGGGAAGUGUGGCCUUGUUGGAGGAAGUCUGUCUCUGCAGUGGGCUUUGGGAUUUCAAACGCUAAAGCCAGACCCAGAAUCUCACUCUCUCCUGCUGCCUGUGGAUCCAGAGAUAGAGCUCUCAGCUACCCUAAUUGCCUGUGUGCUGUGGCCAAUGCUACCGCCAUGCUAGCAAUAGACCAAACCUCUGAACCUGUAAGCAAGCCGUGAUUAAAUGCUUUUUUUUUUUAUAGAAGUUGCCACUGUCUCGGCAUCUCAUCACAGCAAUGGAACACGGACUGAGACAGUAGAAUGGAACUGAUUCCCACCCCCUGAUUUUUCUACACCAUCUUUUUUUUAAAAACACAAGAAAAUGAAAGUGCAGCCACCCAUCCACUUUCACUGCAGCAAGCACACAAAUGCUACAUGAUUGCCGCUCUUCACUUAGAUCCAUUAAACCCACGGUAUAAUUUCCCUAUGUUUAAAAAGAAAAUUGUAACAAACUAGUGAAAGGGAAAGUAGAUUAAUUUAAAGUUUAGCCAAAGUACAUGUAUGGCCAUCUUAAAGUUUAUGAAAAGCCGUAGUGUAAAGGGUCCAUGGUUCCCCCAAAGAGUGAUACCCUGGCUCAAAUAGUGUGUAAGUGAAAAGUGUUUUACUCUGUGGAAGUCCACCAUGCUGGGGUCUCCCAUUACCAGAAUAGAGAGACACCCAAGUGAGCUCAUAGGCCUGAUUUAAAGGACAUUAGGGGAAUUCCAGGGUAGGUGACCUAUAUGUUAUUCUGUUGGGUCCAUCGCUACUGACAUUCUAGAACCAUUGCUGGGGGUGGAAACUGUUGCUAAGGAAGUCUGGAAACUGUUGCUAAGGAAGUCUGGAAACUGUUGGUGAUCCAUUGUCCUUGCCUCAGGCCAGAUGGUGGGGCAGUCUCUGAUGGCAGGGCCUGAAGCCUGUGGGUUUUUUUCUAGUAACUGAUUUGCCUGGGCCUGCCUGGAUUUAGGCAUAGUCUCCUAAACUGCCAGUUUGAAGCCUGUCGUGGAGUCAGCCCAGCCUUCUCAGUAGGACAGAGGCUAAGACUGUCCAGUUAACUGUGACUCUGGAUAACUCGUCCUUUCCUAGGAGGAAGGGGACCUUCUCAGAUGUCUCUUAGAUAAUUUCCCUAUUUGAGUCCUGGCUGAAGAAAAUAGUGUCUUAAAGGUCCCUCAAGCUGCAAAACAGAGAUGGGUUUUAUGGGGUGUAAUAUUUCGACCCUUUCUAAACCCAGUAGAGUUGUUUAUGCAUAACUCCAUUCCUUUGGUGGUCGAAGAGCUCGAGUUUUUGUGUCUUUUAUCUGGAGGUCAGCUUCAAGACCCUCCAAAUAGUAACUGUGAAGUGGAAACAGAUGACACUCUGACCGGCCAAGCAUUUCUGUAAUCUCAGCGUUUGGGAAGCAAAGGCAAUAGAAUCAGGAGACCAAGGCUAUUCUCAGCUACACAGUGAGUUUCAGGACAGCCUGGACUACUUGAUACACUAAAAACAUAACAACAACAAAAUGUCAGUUUGCUAGCUAAAUGGAAGUGAGGCUUGGAGAACCGAUGCUUUCUACCAUGUGCCUGUUUCUCAAGCACUCAUUGGGUAGGAAUUGCAUCAGGCUGGUUCACGUCGGCAUCAUUAUUUCCCAAGCAGGCCUAUCCCUUAUGAGGCUUCUGGCUUAAAUGGGGAUAGCCUGGACCUUUAAUCUAUCAGUCACUGAAUCCCAGUGGACUCUUAGGAUUCAUUCAAGCACACAACUGUGAUUCAGGCAGAGUAAACUUUAUAGUUGUGUGGUCAGGGCUUCAAGGUUCCUUGCUAGAUAGCAGUUAGCAGAUUGAAAAUAAUAGAACUGGAUUCCCUCCUUCACAAUCAACAUCUUACAUAAAAACCAAGGACUGGGAACUUCAGUACCCUAAUUAUGGGUCAGAGGAUUGCCAUCUGAGCCAUUUCUGUCCCUGGAAGAAGAUUGGACACACUACACUACCCAGGAGAUCAUUAAUGGAUACCUUUCAUACCCUGCUUCCUGGAGCUCUGAACGCUUUAAGAUUUUAUUUUAUUAACUAAGCACAGCACAUGCCAUACUGCUAAAUAGUUAUUAGUUUAAAUUAACUACAUACAUUUUUCUAUUUCAGCCUGGCAGAUUACUUUUUUUUUUUUUUUUUUUUUUUGGUUCUUUUUUUCGGAGCUGGGGACUGAACCCAGGGCCUUGCGCUUCCUAGGCAAGCGCUCUACCACUGAGCUAAAUCCCCAACCCCGGCAGAUUACUUUUUAAUGGGAGCAACCGAAAUAUUGUGGGGUGCCUGCUUAGACAAAUACAGAGAGUUUGUACAACGAGAUACUGUGUAAAAUAACAAGGCUGUUAUUAGAGUCCUGAUAAGGAAAGAUCAAUAAGAUAUAUUAAAAACAAACAGAAAUGCAAAUUUAAAAUGACUUUGAGAUUUCUAUCUCACCCCAGUCAGAAUGGCUAUCAUUCAGAACAAAGUUAGCAAUCAAUGCUAUCUCAGCCAUAAGAAAGAGGCACGUGCACAGACAUGAUAAUAAUAACAACAGGGGGCUGGAGAGAUGGCUCAGUAGUUAAGAGCACUGAUUGCUCUUCCAGAGGUCCUGAGUUCAAUUCCCAGCAACCACACGGUGGCUCACAACCAUCUGUAAUGGGAUCCGAUGCUCUCUUCUGGUGUGUCUGAAGACAGCGACAGUGUACUCAUAUACAUUAAAUAAAUAAAUCUUUAAAAAAAAAUAACAACAAUCCAACCCAAUUCCAUGUUUAAGAAAUAAAAUGAGCCACACCUGGCUUAAUGGCAUAGACCUAUAAGCCUAGCGCUUGGGAGACUAAAUAGGAGGAUCCUGGCUUACAAGCCAGGUAGGAUCCUGUUUAAAAACCAAAAGGUCAUGUUUUCAUAUACCAGUUUCAGCUGUGUACAUCUGCACACCGGAUCUGUUCCCAAAGCCCAUGGUGACUGACAAUUGCUGCUUCUCCUCCUCCUCAGUGCUGCCUCUCUGGGCACAAAUGACAGUCGGCUCCUAAUGUCUCCUUUGUGACUUCCUCAGUAUACUCUUUGAUAGCCAGGCAAAAUGACUCACACCUGAAAUCCCAGCACCAUAAAGGCAGAGACAGGAGUCUCCCUGAAAAUUUGAGGCCAGCCUGGGCUACAGAGUAAGACCUAGUCUCAAAACCAAGCAAACAAACAAACAGAUAAACACAAAACCACCAACUUUCAACAAGAAAAAAAUUGCAUGCAUCCUUUGGCGACAAAAAAGAAGACACUGGGCAUUGUGGUGCACACUUUUAAUCCCAGUAAUCAAGACACAGAGGCGGGGCUGGAGAGAUGGCUCAGUGGUUAAGAGCACUGAUUGCUCUUCCAGAGGCCAUGAGUUCAAUUCCCAGCUACCACAUGGUGGCUCACAACCAUCUGGAAUGGGAUCCGAUGCCCUCUUCUGGUGUGUCUGAAGACAGUAACAAUGUACUCACAUAUCUAAAAACAAAUAAAUCUAAAAAAAAAAAAAAAAAAAAAAAAAGACAGAAGCAGGUGGGUCUCUGUGAGUUCAAGUCCAGUCUAGUCUAUGAGUCAAGUUCCAGGGCAGACAACCAUAGGGAGACCUUGUCUCAGAGUUGGGUAAGGGAGGAGGAAGAGGAGACUAGAUUAGGGUAUGGUGAUUAUAGGUGGUUUAUCGUCUAGUAGUCAGGAUCCAUAGUUAAAGGUUGUCCUGUGUGCUAUAAUUAGUUUGUCACACACAAACAGAAGAUAGAUGCAGAAAGUCAAGGCUGAAUGCUUUUUACUUUUUAAUCACUCUCCCCUAGAUAGUUUUUGGUGGCAACAAGAAUUAAACAAGCCUCACACACUUCAUCACCAACUAGCCACGACAUGCCCUUCCCAAGACUAGAUCCGUGGAGGGGAAUAGAGAAAUGCCCAGUACCAGGCAGUCGCUGCUCCAGUGCUGUGAGGGGUUGGGUCGGGAGGCAAAUCCUGGUCAACAAUGGAUCUGUAGUCCUUUUGUACAAAUAUCUGGCAAGGGUGACGUGGGGCCAUUCCUCAGGGCACAGCUGUGGUAAUGCUUACAUGGAGGUUGGGCUUGGGCAGUAGUGCCCUCCCAGAUUCUCCCUUCAGGCUUCUUGGGGUAAGGGACAUGCAGCCAGAGGGCCUUAGCUUGGCCUGAUCCUGCUGUCAGGGACCCUGUCCCCAGUAACCAUAAAGAUGGCCGGUGUGUGGAGCCUUUCUCUGCCCAGCUGCCUCCUGUCCCUGCUCCUCCUCCUCCAGUUGUCAUGCAGCUACGCAGGUAAGCAUGCUCCAGCCCUGCAGAAACCCAAGAGCAGAAAGGGAGUACCCUUGGCUAACCUCCUCUAUUAUCCUCAAAUGGCUACACGAACUUCCUGUCUACACUUGGGUCUGCUGGCACGGCUUCUCUCCUUAGAGACCUUCCUGACUUCUUGGAGAAUAAAAUCCAAACCUUUCCUCAUUCAAAUGGUGAUGGGAACCAAACUCAGGGCCUGGUGCAAGCUGAGUUCUAAGCUCUAUCUAUAGCACUAACUUCUUGGAGUUACUGUCAGAGUUAAGUGAGAGUGUUUUGGACUUUGCACAUUAAGGCCAUGCCUGUUUGUAGUAAAUCUCAGUAAACGUUUGUUGAGGGUUGGUGAGAUGGCUCAGUGGGCAAACAUGCUUGCCUCUUAGACUGGAUGCUAACAUGAAACAACGCAAAUAUGAAAAAAAUAGAAACACAUUGAGUUAUAGCACCGUGUUAUGUUUGAGAACUUGCUCUGCAGAAUAAGGCAGUGAUACGUUUUUAUCCAGGAGGCUGUUCUCCAACGAGGAGAAGAAAUAAACACUAGACAGAGUUCUACCUCAGGGAGCCAUGUGAUUGACAGAGCCCUGGCCCAGGCACCUUCUGUGGACACCCUAGUACAAGGAAGAACCCAGCUUGCUUGCCAGUAGCCUAAUCUCACUAGGGAGAUGUUCAGAGAAGGUUUCAGAGCUGGGAUGAGGUUGAAGAUACAAAAUGAAAAGAGACUUAAUAAAUAGGGGUUAGAGAGAUGGCUCUGUGGUAAAGAGUAUUCCUUCUCGUACAGGAGACUGGUUUUUUGGUUACCAGUACCCAUAUCCACGGGGUGGCUCACAACAACCUGUUACUAUCUGGGGAGGCAGCUAUCCCCAGAGUGUGUGACUUCCUCAGUGGAGAAUGAGAUGUGAGGAGAGAGGGCUGGGAAGCAUUUAGAAGCCACAUGACAAGGAGGAGGCAAGCAUCUGAGCUGAAGGGUCAGAGAUGAACGUAGCUGAUAGACAAGUGGAAGUCACUGUCCAGAGGGUUUCAUGUUAGAGCCUUCUGUCCUAGACAUUCAGAACAUAUCUUUAAGUAGAGACUGCAAAUUUCGUAUUUGUUUAAAGUUAAAGAAAAAAAAAAAAAAAGCCCUACCGAGGCUCGUGAAUUCCGUUUAAAAUUCCUAAACCUGGCAUGGAGGUGAGCCCUUGUAAUUGUAGCAUUUGUGGGAUGGAAGGAAAAGGACCAAGAAUUCAAGUCGUUCUCAGCUACGUGGAAGUUUAAGGCCUGCUUGAGCCAUGAGCGCCGUGUCUUAAAAACUGAAGAGUUGAUUCAACAGUUAAGUACGCUUGCUGCUCUUGCAGGGGAUCCAAGGACAGUUCAGAGUGAUAGGGCCAGGGCAUCCCAUCCGGGCUUUAGUUGGGGAUGAAGCAGAACUGCCGUGCCGUAUAUCUCCUGGGAAGAAUGCCACGGGCAUGGAGGUGGGGUGGUACCGUUCUCCCUUUUCAAGAGUGGUUCAUCUGUACCGAAAUGGCAAGGACCAAGACGCAGAGCAAGCGCCUGAAUACCGGGGACGCACAGAGCUUCUGAAAGAGUCUAUCGGCGAGGGAAAGGUUGCCCUCAGGAUCCAGAACGUGAGGUUCUCGGAUGAAGGAGGCUACACAUGCUUCUUCAGAGACCACUCCUACCAAGAAGAAGCCGCCGUGGAGUUGAAAGUAGAAGAUCCCUUCUACUGGAUCAACCCUGGCGUGCUGGCUCUCAUUGCCCUUGUGCCUAUGCUGCUCCUGCAGGUCUCUGUAGGCCUUGUAUUCCUCUUCCUGCAGCACAGACUGAGAGGAAAACUCCGUGCAGAAGUCGAGAAUCUCCAUCGGACUUUUGAUCCUCACUUCCUGAGAGUGCCCUGCUGGAAGAUAACACUGUUUGUUAUUGUCCCUGUUCUUGGACCCCUGGUUGCUUUGAUCAUCUGCUACAACUGGCUGCACCGAAGACUGGCAGGACAGUUUCUUGAAGAGCUAAGUAAGUUCUCCCUAACGCCCCUCUCCAUUCUUGAGACAUCUCAUUACGCAGCCCUAGAACUCACUAUGUAAACCAGACUGGUCUGGAAACUAUGGCAAUCCUCUUCUCAGCUCCAAAGUGCUAAGGUCAUAAGCAAAUACCACCGAACCCAAGUGUUUUUUUCCUUCUAAACUGAUCAAAAAUCCAGCAGAGGAACAUGGUCACUGGGGGACCAUAAUCCCAGGGAGGGCUGGAAUGAUUCCUUCUGUGAUGGAAAAGGGAAGGGAAUUAACUGUUAAGAGACACCACUUUCAGCGCCAGAGAAGCUGCUGAGCCACUCCACUCUUACCUGUUGACUUGAUAGCCUUUAAUGCCCCACAGCCAGAAUCCCAUUUCUGUAGCCUCCUUUGACAUUCUCCCUAAUAGUUAGCCUGACUGAACCUCACCUCCCUUCGAUAACAUGACCCCCGUGAGCUUUCUACCUCCUAGGUUCGAUGACUUCAAGAACCCACUGGCAGAUUUUUUAAGUCACUUGUCUUUCUUUCUAGGAAACCCCUUUUGAGUGAUGGUGCAUCUUCCUGGAGCGAAGGAAAGCCUGGCAGGUCCUUGGGGAUGUCUCUCACUGGCCUCUCUGUUAUGGACACAUUCCAAUCUACAUCUACAGAAACACUCGGGAUCCUGAGUAGAACUUGAUUUUCCUCCCACAACUGUCUUUCUUUCCUCAGCUCCUUCCUCUAAAUCUUUUUUGACUCCUGUCUUAGUCUGCCUCUAGAAAACACCCCAUGACUAAGGCCAGGGAGUCUAUCAGGAGACACCUAUGUACCAGAGUAAUACAGGAGUGAUUCUGCCAACCAGGACACCCAGCGCUUCAACAUUACGAUCUACAGAACAUCAGCUCUGCAAAUGGUGGAUAUUUCUUCCAGAGCCACAGUCUUGACUGGGAAGAAUAUCAGUGGGGAGAGUAAGGGGGUGAGGGACAGAAGAACCCACAACAUGAGGGAAAGCUAAAUGAGCCAGGGUAUGAAUAUGGGAGCCUGAACCAAAACCUGGAGAUUAAAAAAAAAAGUCAAAAGAAUACUGACUGGAUCAGAGCAACACCAUCUUGCUUUGGCAGCCUGGUGGGAGGACCUUGAGAAGCAAGGGUCGAGAACUGGGUCUGUUCUCUCAUUUUUCUCCUAUCUUAUUUGAGUACCCACUGUUUGGUUUUUUUUUUUUUUUUCUUCUUCGUUUUUUCAACAAUUACUACUUGGUGGUGUAUCAGACACAAACAAGCUAGGUGCUAAUUAAUAAUAAUACAAGUUUCUUUGUGCACA